CCUAACGGACUGAAACGAAAUAAUGAUCUAGCUAUAAAUGCCCAACAGGGCCACAAGCUGCUACCCCAGAAGCCUACAACGCAGCACAACAAAGAGGUGCAAACGCAUACAGAUAGACUGCAUCAAAAGACCACGCAAUAUGCCUGCAAGCAAGAACUUUGCGGACCAUGCUGUCGCUGAAGUCGACCUUGACUUGUCCCCGUUCCUAAAACGGUACAAGGAUGGCCGAAUCGAGCGGUUGCUGAGGAGUACUCCCGUGGCUGCGUCGGAGAACCCGGCAAACAACCGCGGGGUGGCAACGAGAGAUGUGGUCAUCGACCACAGCACCGGUGUGUCGGCACGGCUGUUCCUCCCCUCCCGUGCCGCCAUGGCCGCCGGCAGCAGGAGGCUCCCUCUCGUCGUGUACAUCCAUGGCGGCUCCUUCUGCACGGAGAGCGCCUUCUGUCGGACGUACCACGGCUACGCCACCUCCCUUGCCGCGAGUGCCGGGGCGCUUGUCGUCUCAGUGGAGUACCGACUCGCACCGGAGCACCCCAUACCCGCAGCCUACGACGACGCAUGGUCUGCGCUCAAAUGGGUGGGAUCCCUCGCCGACCCCUGGCUAGCUGAAUACGCAGACCCCGCGCGCACGUUCCUCGCCGGUGACAGCGCAGGCGGAAACAUCACAUACCACACAGCGGUACGGGCCAGCCGAGACGGCGGCAAUAUGGGCGUCAACAUUGAGGGCAUGGUCAUCGUGCACCCCUACUUCUGGGGAGCCAAGCGGCUGCCUUCUGAGGAGGCUUGGGAUGGCGCAACGGUGUUUCCACCAAACGGGGUGGACUGGCUCUGGCCUUUUGUGACCGCGGGCCAGGCCGGCAAUGAUGACCCUCGGCUUAACCCUCCUGAAGAGGAGAUCGCGUCGCUGACGUGCCGGCGCGUCUUGGUGGCCGUGGCUGGGAAGGACACCCUGCGGGAACGCGGGUGCCGCCUCCUCGACCGCUUCCGCGACUACUACGCACGCACCGGAGGCGAGGCGACGCUGGUGGAGUCGGAGGGCGAGGACCACGGCUUCCACCUCUACAGCCCGCUGCGUGCCACCAGCAGGAGGCUCAUGGCGAGCAUCGUGGACUUCAUCAACCAGCCGCCGGCGCCGGAGCUGGAUGAUAGUUUGCAUUGGCAUGUGUCAUGCGAGGGUAAGAAGAUUGGCAGGACGACGACAUCGGCAGCCAGGACGGCUCCAAGGCCUAUGAUACUAGGUGUGCCUCGCCGGCCGUUUAUGGACGUAUUCGGCUAUGGGAUGGAUAUGAAACGUCAUUGCAGUGGCUCGAGCUCGACGACCUGCAUGGCGUAUGCAACGUCAAAAAUUGGAGGAGGACGUGCUAAAUCUGCUUCACCCAAGAAAAACUACGGGCUAUUUUCGGGCACCGUGUGGCCUAAUAAGCAGGCAUACAAGGGGCCAGCAGCAGCACUCCCGGGAGCUCGUCAUGUUAUCAAGAACAUGUGGUAAUAACUAGGGGCUGAUGUCGUCUUCACAAAAAUGUGGGUCUGUGUUUUAAUAAUCUCUCAUUAACUA